AGAUAACAAUCUACAGGUUGUUUCAAAUUACGCCUGCAGUGGUGAUUAUAAAAAGACACGUAGAUAGCUAUCUUGUGUGAGAGACAAGGAUGGAAGAUGCUGAAAAUAGUCAAUGAAUUAGGACGUAACAAGAAGUUUACUUCUUAAGAAAAAAGUGAAACUCUUCUAUUGCACGAGUAGCGCAAACCCAAGAUGAGAUAUUACGAUGAACGUGAUCCCCUUUUUUUUUCUUAAAAACUAAACGUCUAGUCAUGGCAAAUUCAUUGCUUUAACCUGCGCAACGAUACCCGGAAUGCAACGUGUGUAAAGUUGCAAAGUGGAAUGAAGGUUACUACCUUCGUUGAUUUUUUCUCUUUUAUUAAACUUAAUCCGUACAUCCUUAUCCUCCUGUUUUUACCAUUUUAUCAUAGGUUAGUUUAUAAGUAACGUUUAUGUUACUAUAUUAAAUUUUUUGUACUUUGACAAAGGGACGGUACACUAUAUUCGAGUCACUAUGAUUUCUCUACUCCGUUAUGGUAUGAAUUGAGAGAUUGAGAAUAUGAGGAAUAGUUAUGGAUGAAGUUUUCGUCAUCAAAGGUGUCGAGCUGAUACUUGCGGAGUAGCAAACAUGAAUUGUUCAAAAGGUACGAGAAAAACCAUAAGUCAACGGCUUAGCAACAGAAAGAUCGUCGUUGAUGUUUUGGCCCUCAUGUUCGGAAUGGGAGCAUGGAUGGGUAUCAAUGGUAUUUUUGUGCAAUUACCUCUAUUGGUGAAUAAUACUCCAGAAGGAUGGAACCUUCCCGCAUAUAUGGUCAUAUUAGUACAAGUUGCCAAUCUGGGUCCGAUUCUUUAUACAUUAUAUGUAAAAUAUACCAGACGGCGAUACGAUCAUUUAAUAAUCUACGGUCUUCUAGGGACAGCUGCGUUAUCAACGUUUGCCUUAAUCUGCAGUUAUGAUAAGACAUCAGUGAUAUUCGGUGGAGAGCACUCCACCGUCUUGCUUGGAUUAAUGUUCUUAAUCGCUGUAGUUGGUUGCACGAGUUCUGUUCUUUUUAUGCCUUAUAUGAGGAAUUACCGGGAGAUUUAUUUAUUGUCAUAUUUAGUAGGAGAAGGGCUGAGUGGUUUUGUGCCGAGUAUCGUAGCAUUGGUACAGGGUGUCGGCGGUAAUCCUGAGUGUGUUAACGCAACUAUACCAGAAAUUGGUGCUACCAAAGUAGCACGAUACCCUGAUCCUAGGUUCUCGACGCAAACGUUUUUCGUCUUCCUUGGGAUCUCUUUGUCCCUCAGCUUCUUAGCAUUCGUAGGAUUGAAUAAGUUACCGGUUGCACGUGGUGAAAGAGUGAAACCACCGAGUAGCAUGGAAACACUGCCGACAGACAUGAAUAGUCCACCUAGUUACAAGACUACCGCUGGAUGGUCCAUGUCUCGAGAAACUUAUCUAUAUCUGCUAGCGAUGAUGGCACUAGUCUGUGUUUUAGGCCACGGUACUUUACCAAGUAUACAAUCUUAUUCCUGUUUACCCUAUGGAAACGUAGCCUAUCAUUUAACUGUUACACUGGCUUCGAUGGCUGGCCCAUUGGCCAUGUGUCUAGGUUUUGUUAUCCAGGAGCCAAAAGUUUGUCUCCUAACCGGCUUGAUGACAUUGGUGCUCGUAUUUUCAAGUUUCGUUUACUACGUAGCUGUAAAGUCUCCAUCGCCACCACUGCGUGGCACCUGGCUUGGGGAAUUUCUAGUAGUCACUUCAUGGAUUAUAGUUAAUGGGCUAAUCGGGUUUAUUAAAAUGGCGAUCACUACUCUCUUUAGAUCCGACCCUGGCAAAGGGCUUUAUUACACAGGGGUUGCUACGCAGGUUGGAUCGGUUGUAGGAGCAGUUAUCACUUUUGUUUUAGUCAAUUACGCAGGAAUUUUUCACUCUUAUUCACCUUGCUCCUCCGCGAAGAAUUGAAUGUCAUCGGUACUCUGGUAAAGAGACAAGAAUUAAAUUUAGAUUUAAUCCUUGUCCUCCUUGAAUCGUUUGAUGCUCUGUUAACGGAGUACAGUCGUGUUAAUAGCUCGACGAAUGAAAUAAUUUUGAAAGUUAUGUACUUACAAAACAAGACGUUUAAACAACUGGCACUUCUGAGUUGUUCGUUACGUUAGUAUAUUUUUUAUUAUUUAACCCUGCACGUGACUUUACUUAAAAGAUGUUAAGAAAUGUAAUUUCAAUGAUAAACCUGGGGAAGUACAAGAAUUGAAUAAACUCUUUAAAAUGUAUAAAUGGCUGGAGGCAUAGAGUGAUACUUUUGACGAUGAAUCGCAUACAAAGAUUUUACUAUUGAGUAUUAAACUUAAUUGUUUUAAGGUUCAGCUGCCAUUCAGGUGUCGUCACCUAAAACUAAUAUAUAUGUAAUGUGUACGUAAAAGUGAAAUAUUAUGUCUUUCAUACUUCUUAAAGUAGUAUAACAAAAGCUGUGAUAGAUUUCGGAAUACUGUACUGUGCGCAAUUAAGUAUAUUGGUCGUAAUUAAUUUUUGUAAAAUGACUUUGUACAUCCCGAAAUUGACAGUUGACAGACUGUUUCGUAAAUUACACCAUGAUCGAAUUUA